AUGCCCAAACUCGUUUUCCGCGUUACGGGUAUCCCACUCUGGGCUACCGCAAGCGACAUCGAAGAAAUACUCCUGUUGGGGGAAGAGGUUAAAAUACAGCGCAUGACAAUCACUCCUUCUUGUUACGGGGAUGAUACCCAAACGGCUAUCGUCCAAUUCGAACCAAGCGCUCCGAAAUAUUUAGAGGAAGUCGUUUCUGGUUCGUUACAGGACCGCCAGAUAUCGAUGUGUGGCUCGGACAUAAACAUCGACAAGAAUUUCUACGGCUUUACUCAGCUUUACCGCAUAGAGGAUGAUGCAAAGAUUACAGCAGACAUUGUGGCGGUAACAGGGCUCGCAGGUCAUGCAUUUGGAUCUUGGAGAGGGAAGGGCGAUUUCAGCAGGAUGUGGCUUCAAGAUUUCUUCUCGGAAGAUCUUCCAAGCUGUAGGACAAUGAUAUAUGGUCAUAACUCGGCACUUUUUAAUAAUGGAAUACACCAAAUAAAAGACUACAACCUGGGAUUUAUAAGGGAACUCACGAGAGUGAGGUCAUCAAUUUUGAGUGGAUCUCUUGUGAAAUGCAAGGAGCUCUCUGGCAGUGAUGCUGCUGCAGAUGAUAUAUUCAAGUCGGCAUUUGCCACAGCCUUCUUCGGCACUCCGCAUCGCGGGCUUUUGGUUGAUGACAUCCUUAGCAUGACUAAUAAGAUGGAAGAGGAGAGAAUAGACCUCGUUCGGUCGAUUGGUGGAGGGGAUAACUUGCGUGAUGAACUAGAGAAUUUUAUCAGUCUUGCACCGGGGCUAAAGAUUCUAAGCUUCUACGAACAAAUGAAAGGGAAGAGACUGAAAAAGGAUGAGAACGGGUCUUAUUCUAGGAUCGGCGAAUACUUUUUGCCAGUCGGCCGCGAGUCUGCAUUACUCAAUCUGAGCCCGGAUAUCGAGACUAGUAUACCCGUUGACGCCGACCAUACGAAUCUGGUGAAGUUUAAUACGAAGGGAGACGCGGCCUACGGAGCCAUUAUAUCCCAGCUCAAGUUUUUUCUGGAGCGACUCCGUAAGAAAGAGAUGGAAAAUGAUAAUAAGCUUCAUAAGCGAGGCACGCACGCUUUAGGUUAA